AUGGAGGGAGGUAUGAUGAUCUCAACGCUUUGCUUACGUCUGGCCGUAGUAUUCGCAUUAACCACUGCCACCGCAAUACAGAAUGUUAACACCUCCUGCUCUCCUUAUGAUAUCUUUUGUUUACAUCACCCCCGGACAGAAGGAAGGUUUUCUGUUGCAAAAGAUGAUAUGAUGCUACACAAAGUUGAUCAUGAGCAGAGGGAUGUUGAAGCUCUGCUAGCAUUCAAACGUGGCAUUACGGCCGAUCCCAUGCGAUCGCUCUCCAACUGGAAUGCAACCAAUUCAGAGAACGUGUGCCUCUGGAGCGGUGUUUGGUGCAGAAAACAUACCGAGAGAGUGGUAGCCAUAAUUAUCCCUGAAUUGGGAUUGAGAGGUACCAUUUCUCCAUCUAUAGGAGAUCUAUCCUUGUUACACUCUUUAAAUCUCUCCAACAAUUCUUUCAUGGGAAGGAUUCCACCUCAGAUUGGCCAGCUGAAAGCGCUGAGAAAACUUGACCUUACAUAUAAUGGACUAGAAGGUUCCAUCCCCAAAUCUCUUGCCAAUUGCUCGCAGCUUCAGUGGAUUGAUCUUUCUAACAAUAACUUGACGGGGAGCAUACCUGCUGAAUUGGGUGGUUUGGGGAAGUUAGAGUAUCUCGGAUUACCCUCCAAUCGUCUGAGUGGAAGCAUUCCAAAUUCUCUAGGAAACUGCACGUCUCUACUUGAUUUGGACCUUUCUUCCAACUAUCUCAGAGGGACAAUCCCAAAGGCCAUAGGACAGCUCAAAUCAUUGGAGCGAUUAUAUUUAAAUUUGAAUAAUUUAACUGGACCUAUACCAGUUGAAUUAAGAGAUUGCACUUCUCUUGUUAAUGUGGUCCUCAGCCAUAAUUAUUUGGAAGGGACUAUUCCAAAGGCUCUAGGACAACUCAAUCAUUUGGAAAAUUUGUAUUUGGAUAAAAAUAAUUUCACUGGAUUAAUACCAAAUGAAUUAGGAAAUUGUACAUCUCUCCUUGCUUUGGACUUUAGUCAUAAUUGUUUCACAGGGACUAUUCCGAAGGACUUUGGACAACUCAAAUCUUUGGAAAAUUUAUAUCUGGGCAGAAACAAUUUUACUGGACCCAUAUCGGAUGAACUAGGAAAUUGCACAUCUCUCCUUAUUUUGGACCUUAGCUAUAACUAUUUCACAGGGGCAAUUCCAAAGGACAUAGGACAACUCAAAUCUUUGAAAAAAUUGUAUUUGAAUGGAAACAAUUUAAUUGGACCCAUACCACAUGAAUUAGGAAAUUGCACAUCUCUUGUUACAUUGGACCUUGGUUAUAAUGAUCUCACCGGGACAAUUCCGAAGGCCAUAGGACAACUCAAAUCUUUGGAAGGAUUAUAUCUAAAUAUGAAUAAUUUAAUUGGACCUAUACCACAUGAAUUAGGAGACUGCACUUCUCUUUCCAAUGUGGGGCGAUUCCAAAGGCGAUAG